AUGUUUGUUCGAUCACCUCGCAGGUUUGCGAUUCUUUCUUCUUUGGCAUUUGUUUUCAUCUUCGCUUUGCUACAGCAUAGCCCAUGGUCGCACGAGAGGGUCUACGAGCGCAUGCCGCUGUUUGACCAGGGGCAAAGACCGGGUCACCAGGAGCUGUUGCACGAAGGACCAGGCGGAUCGCAAACGCAUCUUGACGAUGCCUGGCAACAUGCGGUGCCCAUACCUGUUGUGAAGCCAACCGCCGCCACUACACCUCCAAUAGUCGCGGAUCACAAGCCCUACAAGGAGCCCGUCAAGGAACCCGUCAAGGAACCCGUCAAGGAACCCGUCAAGGAGCCUGCCACGCCACCUACAAAGACGAAGCCCUCUCCACCAUGGCUGACGGCGCCUUCGAGAAUCGGAUCCUUCAUCCCUCCCUUUUCGCGGCCGACCAACAUGAAAAAGUACAUGGAGAAGAUGCUGCAGUGGCCGCGACCGAGCUGGGACGGCCAUUGGCCGCCGUUUGCUGACUACAUUGGCAAGGCGUACGACCCGAACCGCUGGGAGCAGUUUGACAUGGAUUAUCGCGUAUACGAGUCAGGCCACGACAAGCUCAACGAGACUGUCGCGUCUGAACCGAUUGCCUACAAGCCUUUCCCCAAAUACAACACUCCCGAGUGGAAGCAGAAGUGGCAUGGCGAAUACGUGGCUUGUCUGGGUCCGCGUGGUGUUCCACUAAACGAGAGCACCGACGACGAAGUCCAGGUCUAUCGCGGAAUCCCCGAGAACUUUCCCCCGGUUUACGCUGGUGGCUAUGAUGUCAUUGGCCUGGAUGAUGAUGUCUGCUUCGACCGAUACUCGCGAUACGGGCCGUAUGGAUAUGGCGACAACGAGUUCCCCGAGGAGGUCAAGCACUGGAAAGCGCCCGCGACGGUCCCCGAGUGGAGCGAGGUGAACUGGGGCGCCCUACAAGACGACUGUCUCCAGCGGAACAAGAACCGAUUCCGACCAAGCGCCAGAUCGCCCAUUGUCAAGAUCCCUAGCACCGUCUUGCCUGAGCCUGCGGCGGCUUCGUCUGCGUUUGCCAUCCCAACAGACACCAGCAGGAGUAACCUCGAAAACCGGGAGCCCAAGAAGAAGUACCAUCACCGCACAGCCAUUCUCAUUCGUGCCUGGACUGGUUACAACUACGAGGAAAACGACAUUACCGCGAUUCGUGCCAUGGUCUCUGAGCUCUCCCUCCAAUCCGGUGGCGAGUACCAGGUCUACCUCUACGUACACGUCAAGGACCGCAACGUGCCCAUCUUCGACAGCCAGUAUGAAUACGACCGCAUAUUAAAAGAAAACGUACCUGAAGAAUUACGCGACAUAGCGAUACUAUGGUCAGAAUCUAUCUUUCCGAAAUGGUAUCCCAAGGUUAUGGACUGGCAAGUUUAUUGGCAGCAAUUCAUGUGUCUACAGUGGUUCAGUCUUACCCACCCCGAGUUCGACUACAUCUGGAAUUGGGAGACAGACGCCCGCUACACGGGACACCAUUACCAUUUCUUCGAAAAGAUUAGCGAAUUCGCGGAUAAGCAGCCCCGCAAGCUGCUGUGGGAGCGCAACAAGCGCUACUACCUCCCGAGCGUGCAUGGCGACUACCAGUCGUUCGUCGAGAACACGCACAGGGAUGUGUUGAAUGCGUCGGCCAACUCGCUUAUCCCACCACCCGUGUGGGGACCACGGCCAUGGGCACGAGCGGACCCCCCGCAGAAGCCGCUGGGCCCGACGCCGCCAACGACCAUGGAAGAAGACGACUUCGAGUGGGGCGUAGCCGAACCCGCAGACUUCAUCACCCUACUCCCCAUGUGGGACCCCCGCAACACAACAUGGUCGUACAAGGACAAGAUCUGGAACUACCUCCCCUACGUCCGUCCCAUCUUCACCCCGGAAGACGGCCAGGCAGAUUGGUUCACGCACCCGGACUUUGAGCAAAUCGACCGCCGCACCUUCAUCAACACCGUCGUGCGCUUCAGCAAGAAAAUGCUACAAGCCAUGCACGAAGAAAACCUCGUCGGCCGCAGCAUGCAAGCCGAAAUGUGGCCCUCGACCGUCGCCCUCCAACACGGCCUCAAAGCUGUCUACGCCCCGCACCCCAUCUUCAACGACCGCCACUGGCCGCCCGCAUACACAGAAGCCAUCUUCGACUCGGCCCACUCCGUCGACGAGGAAACGGGUGAGAGCCUCGAACCCCGCCAGGGCGCUUGGACAGAAGAAGCAGAUUCCUGCUAUAACCACGACCGCGAGUUCAACUUCCAGGGCUGGAGCUGGUACUAUGCGUCGAGGUUCCCGCGGAAUCUGUACCGCAGAUGGCUUAAUUGGCCGAUUGUCAAGCAAGGGUGGGGUGAAGCUGAGAAGAUUGAUGGUGGGCCGGGUUUUGAUGGCGCGUUGGAGCAGAAGAGGAUGUGUAUGCCGGGGAUACUGCUGCAUCCUGUUAAGCGCAUGGCUAAGGAUGCGGAGAAGCCUUGA